GGCACCUGCAUAUCGGUCUUGCGUCGCACUUGCCUCCUAGAGCAAACCCCGCAGAUCUUUCAAGCUGAGCUGUCGUCUGCAGUCGAAUCCUCCCCUGCUAUGACGCUCAACACGCCCUACGUGGUCACGCUCGCGCGGGCUGUUGGACGGCUUUCAAACUCGCCAUCGGCUCGGCGACCCCCUGGGCAUGCGGCGCAGCCUAGAUUAGAUUCUCUGGUAUUCGUGACCUCGUCGCAAGGAAUCCUGACCCACGGGGCCGUCGAACGGACGGCAAUCGCUUAUCGAGCAACCUGUCUUCAGCCCAGUGACCGUCGCAAGGCUCGGUCGAACACAGAUACGCGCUCACGAAUAGUCCGCCAUCCUUCCAAUCUUGGGAACUACACCUCAGACCCGUAUCCGACACUGUCGCCUUCUCGUCGCCUUCCAAGACAACGCGGUGACGGGGAUGGGUGGGCCCACACCUUCCAGCGGAGCUCGCCAUGGCUUCGAAUGUCGACGAGGACGUGUCCACGACGUCGGCGAGCCACGUCACAAGGAUCAUACACCGCUACAACGCAGAAGCUUGUCUCCCCGUGGCAGCUACACGUUCAGCUCUGUGUCCAUGAGGACGGAACCGGGGAGGCUAUCGCCUUUUCCUCCUCCCGGGAGCUCCAGACGAAUUGCGGGGACGUGUGGUUCUCGGAGAGUAGUUGCAGCGCCCCUCCUUCGUCGAUACUCGAAAUUCGUCCAGCGAACCACGCACGUACCCCAGGCGUUAUCUUCGCGUCCUGGAUCCAACAGACGCAGCCGUGUCCUUGCCCCGUCAGCCCCUCCCCAUUAUCCAGCGCAAUACCACGCAGGUGUGCUUUCGAACCGUUGAUCUUCGGAGAUCGCGUUGCGGGUUUACAGGCGCCAACGUCGGAGUCGGCUCGUGGUGUAGGAGUGCAGCGUAGAGAAGCAGCGGGCGAGCCUGCGGGGGUACAAGGCACAGAUGGUCCUGGCUGUGAGGCGCCCAAUAAUUGUAAGACCAGCAAGUGGAAGGAUGCCAGCUGUCGUGACACGGGAGAUAAGGUUUCAAGCUCGGGCGUGGUACACCCGUUGUCGCUCACUUGCAGUGCUUCAGUCCAACAACUCUCGUGAAUUGUAUACGCGGCACCCAUCAAGUCAUGCGCGGUGGACCUGUUCUGAUAUAUUGAUGCAGAGGCUACUGCCAUCGUCGUGGUCGCGAGAAAGUUUCAUGAUGAAGGGAAGACAUACCGCAUCAUCACGACGCAAUGUCCUGGAGCAAAAGCUUAAAAAUGCGAAACUCGCUUGGGAGAACAAUGCUUCAAGAAUUCAACGUCGACUCAUUCCAAGGUG